AUGGGUGCUCAGCUUUCGCUUUCGGCCCAGACUUCACCUUCAAUUGCAAUCUUUUCCUACAUCGACGUGCUAAAUGAAGUUCAUUAUGUUUCGCAGCUGAACUCAUCGAGAUUUCUGAAGACUUGCAGAGCUUUAGACCCUAACGGCAAAAUAAUCAUCAAGGUGUUCAUAAAACCUAAUGAGGAGUAUGAUUUGAAGGAGAAGAAGAAGCAGAUAGAUGCCGAAGCGCUGUCGUUGGCGCCGCUACCCACAACGUUGAACUACAGCAAAGUUGUCGAGUCCAACCGGGCGGGAUAUCUAAUACGACAGCACUUAAUGAGUAACCUUUACGAUCGACUUAGCUACAGACCGUAUUUGUCUGAAAUUGAGAUGAAGUUCGUGACUUUCCAACUUUUACAGGCAGUUAAUGACAUUCACAACCUGAACAUCUGUCAUGGGGACAUCAAGACUGAAAACGUUUUGGUAAUGAGUUGGGACUGGAUUGUACUCACUGAUUUUUCAAAUAAAAUCAAGCCAACAUAUCUGCCAGAAGACAAUCCGGGAGAAUUUUCGUUUUAUUUUGACACGUCGAACAGGAGGACCUGCUACUUGGCGCCUGAGAGGUUUAAUACUAGGCUUCAUGAGAAAACCAAAGAUGCCACAGGGAAUGUCACAAAAGAGAUGGAUAUUUUCAGCUUGGGAUGCUGCAUAGCUGAAAUAUAUGCUGAAGGACGACCAUUGUUCAAUCUAUCACAGCUUUUCAAGUAUAAGAAUAACGAGUACGAUGUGACAAGCUUUUUGGAGGAAGAGAUAAAAGGAGACGCUUUGAGGAGCUUAAUAUGUGAUAUGGUACAUCAGAACCCAAAGAAGAGACUGUCAUGCAGAAAGUUGCUUGAAAAAUAUCGUGGUUCCUUCUUUCCUGAACAUUUCUACACUUACACUUAUGAAUUUUUCAGAACCAUGGCUACCAUGAGAACGAGCAUACCAAUAGCUGGCGCGACCUGCGCUCGCAGCACGCUAGAAGAUCAAAUUAAUUUGGCUGAUGAUUGUUGUAUCAAGAUGUACCACGACCUUGGCAAGAUUUGCCAGGAGCUGGACUACGCAUUAAAAUCAAAACAGGAUACGGACAAGAGCAGAAGUCUUGAAGAUUUUGGCAAUGAUCUAAUAUCUUCUUUAAAAAUUCCAGAUCUGGGAGAAUUAGAGCUCAAGAAUUACGCAUCUAAAGAACUAAAGGACGAAAGCGCACUGUUAUUUAUAUCGUUUUUGUCACAUAAUGUGCGGAAUGUGACAUCUAGUAGUACUAAACUCCGAUGUUUAGAGAUGCUAGUGUUGUUCUCACAAUAUAUCUCGGACGAGAAUAAAAUCGAUCGUGUUAUACCGUAUCUCGUAUCCUGUUUUGAAGACGAUUUUCCUAAUGUUCAGGCAACAGCUAUUCAGGCCCUUACACAAGUUCUAGGCAUGGUUGAGAAGUUAAGUCCCAUAAAUGAAAAUGUCUUCAUGGAUUAUUUGCUGCCAAGAAUAAAAAGGUUACUGAUCCAGAGCAAGCAAAACCCUUAUGUCCGCGCAGUUAUCGCUAAUUGUCUUGGUCAUCUCGUGCCCAUAGCUUAUCGAUUCCAGGAGCUUUUGAAUUUUUUCAACUCAUCUAAACUGAUGGAGGCUGUAGAGACAGGUAACCUGGAAGUUUCCAAUAAGCACAACAAAAGGUUGGCACAGCAGGUUGAAGAAUUGGCAGUAGCAUUGUUGACAGACAAUGAAACUUCCGUUAAAACGACUUUGUUGAGUAAUGUUUUGCCCUUAUGCAGGUUUUUUGGUCGUGAGAAGACUAACGACGUCAUUCUAAGCCAUCUCAUCACUUACCUGAAUGAUAAAGAUGCAUCUCUUCGCAUAAAGCUUAUCCAAACUAUUUGCGGCAUUGCCAUCCUUCUAGGACCGAUUACCUUGGAGCAAUAUAUCCUGCCUUUAUUGAUGCAAACAACCGGUGAUUCAGAGGAGCUUGUUGUUGUAAGUGUGCUUCAAGGUCUGAAGAACUUAUGCCAGAUAGGACUGGUACAAAAGAGAUUCUUCUACGAUAUCUGUAAUUCUGUCUGCUCACUCCUUCUGCACCCCAAUGUAUGGAUAAGGCAGGUUUGCUUAUUGCUCAUCGUUGAGAUUGCUAUGCGGCUAUCUAAAGCAGAGGUUUAUUGCGUUCUCUAUCCGAUUGUUAAGCCUUUUUUCGAGUUUGAUGUUGAAUUCACCCAUGAUCUCAUCCUUACCAGUUGCAAGCAACCUGUUUCAAGAACAGUCUAUAAUUUGCUCUGCACUUGGUCUUUAAGAGCAUCUAAGUCAUUGUUUUGGCAACAGAUACCGAAUAAACAUGUUGACGCCUUCGGAAAUAAUAAUAUCUCCUUCAUAACUAAGGAGUUUUCUAAGAAGAAUUACGGAUUUAAUGGAGUAAAAGCCUCCAAGAGUGUGGUGCUAUCUUUCAGCAACGAGGAAAUUCCGCUAACAACUGAGGAUAAGAAUUGGAUUGAUAAGUUCAAAGCAGUUGGUCUCUCGGAAGGAGAUCUGUGGAAAAUAGCUGCUCUGCGAGGUUAUGUUUUGCGGACUGCUAAGAUGAUAUCGAGAAAGGACGAUAUUUUGAAAAUUACGGAGACUAGCACUUCUAGGCGUAGAAACCAGUCCGAUCACAGCCUAGCUCACGUUAUGCCUAAAAAUGUCUUCUUCGAUAUCGAAUUCACUGACGACAUUGACAAAAUACAGAGAUCCGUGCCAGAUGCCGGAAAAGUGAAAGUGAAUCAUACCAAUGAAAUCACAUCCAAUCAAUUAUCCAGCGUCAAAGAUAUGGAUGGCUCCCUGCUAUUAGCUUCAAAGGCUACUGCUACCACAACUUCAAACUUGGAAAAUGUUUAUGUCCAAUUAGACUUCUUACGCCAAGCCAGCAGCCCAACGGAUGAUGUCCAAAGAGAAGAAGACAAUGGGGCGAAAUUUUUCGUAAGGAGCAGUUAUGAGGGUGAUGUCAGCAGUAUAAAAACCUUUCUGCAAGGAAUCAAAAUAAUUCCCCCGUUGCGCGACUAUAAAGAGUUUGGAGGCCUUUUAGGUUUUGCUCAAGGUAACAGAGCUAUUGGCAAUCUGAAGGGAACCUUGCUAACGACCCUGACGGAAAAUGAGCCUAACCCAAUCACCUCCCUCGCUGUUUCCAGCGGAACAGUACCUUAUGUCAUCAGCGGUUCUGUGCGAGGCCAGGUGAAACUCUGGAAUUUCUCUGAUGUGGCUGCCGGUGAGGUUUUCGCAUCUUCUUUGAACUAUGACUUCGCUUCAACAAUAACAGGGAUCACAAUGCUAGAUAGAUAUGACUGUUUUGGUGUCUCGACCAAAAAUGGCAACAUCAAUGUUCUUAGGACGCUGUACCAAUCUAUUGAAGGUAAUUUGGUCUUCUCGACUCUCCAUUGUAUAAGAAAGGCCAAGAUUAAGCAAAAAUCAACGGAUGAGAUUUAUGCAAUUAGCUUGAAAUCUGUGAUCUCAGAUAAUACUUCUUUAUUGGUGACAUUAACAAAUACUUCGCAAAUAUUGGUGUAUGACGUGAGAAAUAUGGAGUGCAUUCAGAAAAUUGACAACCCACCAAGUCACGGAGCCGUUUCGAGCUUUUGUGUUGACGAGCAAGGAUCUGUGCUAAUUCUGGGAACAACGAAAGGCGUAAUCGACGUUUGGGAUUUACGGAUUCAAAUUUUGAUAAACAGCUGGUGGUUCGGAGAUCAUACUCCAAUAACUCAUCUCGAAAAAUGCGACGCAAUGGGUAAUAAUUUUAUCGCAGUGGCAGGAGGAUACUCCAAAGCGAUCCUGACUAUUUGGAACUACUGCAAAAUGGCGUGCCAACAGGCCCUAAUCAACUCGGAUGAGCAACCGUCAAUUGAAAAUUUCCUGCCCAAGAGAAAGUCUUUUGAAGAGUUAUCUUUCUCCGACACCGAUGUGUCUCAGAAAGUCACAUCUCUUCAUAUUUCGGGCUCAAAAAUCGUGCUUUCAACAGAAACUUUGAGCGAAGUUCUUGUCGUGGAUGUGAAGGAUUUAGUUUGCUCCGCUGCGCUAUCGAGGCCAAAGAGCUUCCAUGUGGUUCCAGUCCUAGUGACCGCUAACCUAACAUAUCUUUUAUUGAGGGAAACCUCAGAUUCCUCAGGCCAGAAGCGACCAUCGUAUUUCAAUGAUAAUAUCAAUGCUCUUGCAUCGGCCAACUUGGAAGGCAGGUCCCUUCUUGUCACUGCCGAUAAUUCUGGUAUUAUAAACGUCUUCAAUUAG